AUGUUCAAGCCACAUGCAAAAAAGGCAAAAUCAAGUAAUCCAAAUGAGAUAUUCAAGUCUUUCUUUCUUCCUACAUUUAAGCCAUAUUCCAUGUCAACAGCUCAAGAGAACAGCAGUAAAAAACAGCCUCCUGUCAUUCUCUGCAUUGGUAUGGCAGGAUCGGGUAAAACUACUUUUAUGCAAAGAAUCAAUGCUUAUCUUCAUGAAAAGAAAACACCACCUUAUGUGCUAAAUCUUGAUCCUGCAGUUACUUCUCUUCCAUUUACUGCUAAUAUUGACAUUCGUGAUACAGUUAAUUAUAAAGAAGUGAUGAAACAAUAUAAUCUUGGACCCAAUGGUGGUAUUUUAACCAGCUUGAAUCUAUUCACAACUAAAUUUGAUCAAGUACUUAAUCUUAUUGCUAAACGUGCUGAGAAUGUUAGUCAUGUUUUAGUAGAUACACCUGGCCAAAUUGAAAUCUUUACAUGGUCAGCUUCUGGUGCAAUUAUCACUGAUACUUUAGCAGCUACUUAUCCUACUAUGAUUGCUUAUAUCAUUGAUACACCGCGUACAACUGCUCCAGCUACAUUCAUGAGUAACAUGUUAUACGCUUGUAGUAUUCUCUACAAGACAAAGCUACCAUUUAUAAUUGUGUUUAACAAGACAGAUGUUGUUUCUCAUGAUUUUGCAGUAGAAUGGAUGACAGAUUUCGAAAAGUUUCAAAUGGCACUUAGCCAAGAUACCACUUAUAUGAGUAGUUUGAUGUCCUCCAUGAGUUUGGUGUUGGACGAAUUUUACAAUCAUCUUAAAGUUGUUGGUGUCUCGGCUGUUACAGGUGCAGGUAUUGAUGACUUUUUCCAAGCUGUUAAAGAAGCUGCUGAGGAAUAUGAAGCAGAAUAUAAGCCUGAGAUCGAAAGAAUGAUUCGAGAAAAGAUGGCAAAGGAAGAAAAGAAUCGCGAAAAACAAUUAAGUAAAUUAAUGAAGGAUAUGAAAAUGUCUAAGGGUUCUGAAGUUUCUUUAGAUAAAGAGGACAAUGAUAAAUGGGAAGAAGAAGAAGAAGACUAUAGUGAUGAGGAUUAUGAUAGUGAUGAAAACCCAUUACCUAGUGCAUCUAAAUAUCCUCCUUCAAAAGCUCAAAGAGAAGAGGAUGAAAAGUUCAAAAAAUGGUUAUCUCAUACGAAGGAAAGUACCAUGUAA